UCCCCGAGCAGGUGGCGGUGGCCGCUGAGGAAGAUGAGGGCCGCUGGGCUGCUGUGGGCCGCGCUGUGGGGCCUGCUGCUCUCGCCGGUAACUGCAGAUGAGGGGAUCCUGCACGCUUCUGGAAAUGGUGUGGCUCCAGUAUCAAAGGAUUACUGCAUAAUUUACAAUUCUAAUUGGAUAUCUCUUCCAAAGACCCUGGACAAUGCUACUUUCAGUGCUUUGGAAAACUUGACUUCUACGGUACUCUGCAAUUCUUCUGAAGUUCCUUCUGGUUUAAUGAAGGACAAAGCAGUUGUGGUGAUGAGAGGAAACUGCACUUUUUUGGAGAAAGCAAGAAUUGCACAAAGUUCGGGUGCUAAAAUGCUGUUGAUUGCCAGUAAACCUAGACUAUCUCCUCUUUCAGAUAACAAGACUGAUUUUGAAGAUGUGACUCUUCCAGUUGCUCUUAUAAGAUAUAAUGACAUAGUAGAUAUGCAGCUGACGCUUGGAAAUGAAGUUAAUGUGACUCUGUAUUCACCACCUUUGCCAGAGUUUGAUUGCAGUAUGGUUGUCAUCUUCCUAAUUGCUGUGUUUACGGUGGCACUAGGAGGCUACUGGAGUGGAGUAGCAGAACUUGAGAAUUUGAAAGCAAUAGCAAGUCCUGGGGAGAGAGAAACAAGACGGAAGAAGGAAGAAAAUGUUACUUUCACCCCUGUAACAGUUAUCUUGUUUGUUGUCAUCUGUUGUGUUAUGCUGGUCUUACUUUAUUUCUUCUAUAAAUGGUUAGUGUAUGUUAUAAUAUCAGUCUUCUGCUUGGCAUCUGCAAUGAGUCUAUACAACUGUCUUGCGGCAUUAAUAGGAGAAAUACCUUUUGGGCAGUGCAGGAUUGCGUGUUGCAACAAAAACAUUGAAGUGAGGCUUAUUUUUCUUGCUGUAUUCUGCAUAGCAGCAGCUGUUGUCUGGGCAGUGUUUCGAAAUGAAGAUAGGUGGGCUUGGAUUUUGCAAGAUAUUUUGGGAGUUGCUUUCUGCCUAAACUUUAUUAAAACACUGAAAAUGCCCAACUUUAAGUCCUGUGUGAUACUUCUAGGCCUUCUCCUUCUAUACGAUGUAUUUUUUGUCUUCAUAACACCAUUUAUCACAAAGAAUGGGGCAAGUAUAAUGGUUGAAGUUGCAGCUGGUCCUUUUGGAAACAGUGAAAAGAAUGAUGGAAACUUGGUGGAAGUCCCUACUGAACGCUCAGCUCCCCAUGAGAAAUUACCUGUGGUUAUUAGAGUGCCUAGACUUGAAUACUCUGCAUCGACACUGUGUGACAUGCCAUUUUCAUUGUUGGGUUUUGGAGACAUUAUUGUCCCAGGGCUUCUGGUUGCCUAUUGUCGAAGAUUUGAUGUUCAGACAAGUUCAUCUUCCGUAUACUACGUUUCCUGUACAAUAGCUUAUGCCAUUGGUAUGGUGCUGACUUUCAUUGUUUUGGCGUUAAUGAAGAUGGGACAACCUGCCCUACUCUAUCUUGUACCAUGUACACUCAUUACUAGCUCGCUUGUUGCUUGGAGGCGCAAAGAGAUGAAGAAGUUUUGGAAAGGAAGCAGUUACCAGAUGAUGGAACACCUGGAUUAUACAGGAAAUGAAGAAAGCACAGCAUCAGCCAGUGAACAGCCUGGAGGACAAUAACAUGUAGGAUCCUGAUUUAAAAUAGUAUUCAAAUUUUCUACAAAUGAAUUACAGUAAAUUUGGUGAAGCUUUACAAUAGAGUAUUUCCUACUCUCUGUAAAAGGGUUUUUUACUCCACCUAUAUUUUUAUGGAAAAUAAUGUUAAUAACAAAAAAGUAAUCAAAAUAGACUUGCAUUUUUACAGCCAAACCAUAGCUAGUAAAACCGUGCCUUAUUUCAAUUUAAAUAAAAGGAUAUUUUCUAUGCAAUUUUCCAAAUGUGUUUCUAUACAGUAUAUUUUUAUAAAAGUUUCUUGCCCAUAUCAGUUUGAUGCAUGAAAUGUUUUCUUAAAAUUGAUUAAGACUAGUCAAGUUUCAUUUAAAAAAAAAAAGUACACUACCCUUCAUAGGAUUCCUUUCAAGAUUUUGAAUGCAAAGAUUGGUAGUAAUGUAACUAUAGCAACUAAAGAAUGAAACUAUAGUUCCAUUUCUACAAGUAAUUGAAUAAACAGUGUGUAUGUUAGUCUAUGUACAUUGUAAGCCAUAGAAUAGAUAACAGGGUAAAUUUAGCUUGGGGUUGUGAGUUUUUGGUUUGUUUUUUUUGUUGUUUGGGUUUUUGUUUUCUUUUUUUACCCCUAUAGUAUCACUGACUUAUGCCUUAAUUGUGAAAAUUGUUAAGCUUUGAUGCAAGUCUUUGGAUUAUAUACAUCGCCAACCAUUUCCAAAAAAAUAAAAGGGGGGGAGGUACUUACACAGUGGUCCUGGAAACUUAGGUGCAGCUCCUGGAAUAGUUGACAAACAAGAUGGUGCUAAAGGCAAGAGGGUUUUUGCUCAAUAAGUGCUGUUUGGGGGGGUGGGGUGAAAUAUUAACUCUGGCCUGGUUCUUCUACCCAUUGAGACUAGGUCUAUAUUUGUGGUCUUCAUGUGGCUGUGGAUCAGUUCAAAGGGAUGGGGGAAUACAGGACAGAUUUUAUUUUAUUUUGAGCUUUUGCAUCUACACCGUACUUUUUUUGGAAACUUUUUGAAAAUUCUGUGCAGUUGAUAGACAAAACAACAGAUUUGAAUAGUGCUAGUAGUGCCUGUGUUAGGUAAGGCCAAUGCAUGUGUUUAACUUGUUUAAUCUUAAUUUGUUUUAGCUUUUAAAGACUGGGAAAAGGAGAAAUAGUUUAAAUCAUUAGUUUGCAUUUAGAAGAGUUUGAGUUUGUUUGACACUUCUUUUUUUUUUCAGGAAACUGCAAAUUGUGGGGGAUUAGGCAUAGAAAAUUUGUAUAGCUGUAAUGCUAACACUUUACACCAAAGAAAAUUGGAGCAGGCAACAACAGGAAACCACUGAGUUCACUUAGUGCUAACGUCAGGUAGUUGUUAAAACAUUUUUCCUAUUCUUUAAAUGAAUGUCAUUCUUAUAGUUAGUACAAGUUCAAGAACCCUGGAGAAAGCAACCCAAUAAGCACAUGCAGAGAAACGGCAAUGCAGGCUUUCCUGCAGUGCAUCACGUAAGUGCCUCAGUGAUCGUCUGAAGGUCACCUUUAGACAUUUAUAGUUAGUUUGGGGCAUGUCGGCUCAGGAAAACUUACCCAGAUUAAAUCUAGUUUAGCUAGAUUUACUUUGGAAGUAUGCUAAUUAAGACAAUUGUAAAUCUAUAUUGGCAGUUAACAAAGGCUUACUGCAAAUGCACCGCUUCACAUAAUUUAUGUCAAGUUUAAACUUCUGCUUGGAAGAGUCAGGAGCAGACAAACUUACAGCCUGAGUAUCUGUUGUUGCCAUUCACACAGAUUGACUGUGGUGCCAGUUGAUAUGGGUAACAUAACGACCUUGUUUGCAACUUCCCUAAGGAAACAGAAAUUGCAAACAGUUUUCAUAUGUUAGCAGUUGCCCCUCUUGACUUUCUUGACCUAAGCUUGAACUGACAGCCUCAGAAUACAAUGAUCUUGUGCACCAUCUUCAAUUUUUAUUUGACUGGCACUUAAUAAACUACAGCAUAUCUCAAUGUUCCAACAGCAGACUGAAAACUUGUCUUCUGAUCUGCUGUCAAGCUCUUUGACAAGCCCAGUAUCUGCCAAAGUUAAAGGUUAUGAAGAAGUUUCUGAAAAUUCCUGAAAAAGUCAUAACUCUAUUCAAAGUCAUGUACCACUCAAAGCCCUCAGAAGCUUCACAAAGCUAUGUAAUAUGACUCCUUUUUCUCUUUUGAAAUCUUCUGCAUGGACGAUUUAUUACAUUUUCAGCUAUAAAUGAUAAUGGAAUUAGUAUAAAUAAAGAAGACCUUUGGCAACAUAAGUGUAUUCAGCAGCUGGCUGUGGAAACUGUCUUGUUCUGUGUCUAAUUACGCUCCAUGCCUGAGGUUUCACACAUGUGCUGCAGUUUAAUGGGAUUUAAACUAACUUUUUUCUUUCAAAUGCUUAGGUGCUUUGUUUACAAAAAUUAAGAAUGGAGUUUAAAAUUUUAUAUAAAUAAUAGGUUAGUAUUGACUACUGAAAUGAGGUUUUUCUAAGUUCAAUAGAACUGAUUGCAACACUUUUUAGCAAUUUUGAAUGUUUUUAAUAUUAAAUUUGGUUGAGCUAAACACUAUGUUAAAAGCCCUUUUAGUCAUACUUUAAUAUAAAAAUCUUACUGCCUUUUCAUUGUAUGUUUACUGACAACAGCCCCCUUCCUUAUGACUCUUUAAGUUAUCACUUUAAGAAUGUUAUUAAUAAAUGUUACU